AUGACGAGGAAUCCGCUGCAUCUGAAGAAGAGGCUUCUUCUUUUCCUGUGGGAAAAGUGGGUUGCUCGUCUCCCCCUGUUCAAUCCAGGAGUUGACGUGUGUGUCGAUGAGCAGCUGGUUGGAUUCAAAGGUCGAUGUGGAUUUCGACAGUAUAUGCCCAAGAAGCCUACAAAAUAUGGCAUUAAAAUCUGGGUGACCUGUGAUGUGGCAACCUCCUAUGCUUGGAAGAUGGAAAUUUACACAGGAAAAUCACCUGGAAGUUCCCGGGAAGUUAAUCAGGGAAUGAGAGUUGUGCUACAACUGACAGAGGGGCUCCAAGGACACACUGUCACUUGUGACAACUUCUUUACAUCAUUCAGCUUGGCAGAGGAGCUGCUCAGAAGAAAACUAGCUCUGGUUGGCACAAUCAGGAGAAACAAACCAGAGCUCCCUCCCCAGCUUGUUCAGCUGAGACAGAGGAAGAUUCUUUCAUCUCUCUUUGCCUUCACCAAAACAACCAUGGCAGUCUCCUACAUGCCCAAGCGAGGGAAGAAUGUGCUUCUUUUGAGCACAAAGCAUAGGGAACCAGCAGUCAGUGAUGGGGAAAAGAAGAAGCCAGCAGCAAUCCUUGAUUACAAUAGGUGUAAAGGUGGAGUGGAUAACCUAGACAAGGUUGUUGGCACCUACAGUUGUCGGAGGAAAACCGGUCGCUGGCCACUGGCUCUGUUCUACAAUCUUCUGGACGUCUCAGCAUACAAUGCCUUUGUCCUGUGGAAAGCAGUGCAUCCUGAGUGGGAGUCCACCAAGACCCACCAACGAAGGGUGUUCCUGGAGGAGCUGGGCCACAUGCUGGUGACUCCAGAAAUUGCAAGACGGCCUUGUGCCCCACACUCAAAAGCAGCCGCUGCUAUUGUUGCUGAGAUACAGCAGUCAGAAUCAGAGUAUGAGGAAAAGAUGGCUCAGUGCUCUGUGAAUGAUGAUGGCGAUGGCAUCCUCUAUGAACCAAUUUGUUCUCUAAGCAGACUAGUGGCGGUUGAGAAAGGGGGGUAG